UAGUCGACGCCCCAUCUCGAAGUGCAAGGCGCUACCAAAAAAACGUCUUACUUUGAAAUUCAAUUCCGGAAACCAGAAUGGCGAAUAUAAAAAGACGAAAAUUAAAAAAAGAAGUCAGAAGCAAAAACGGAGCCGACCCAACGAGAAACUAACAAAAGUCGAUGGACCAGCACACGGAACAGUUUCUCCAUCCUGAAGCCAGUUUGAAAGUUUUACCACCAGACGUGCUCAAAGUGGUCGUCGGCGAACACCAGCAGCCAGUCGAGGAAGAGGAGGAACGUUUGCUCAUUAAAGAGGAAGAGGAGGAGCACGACGUCAGUCAUGCGGAUGACGACAUCACGCAGUUGCACGUCAAGUCUGAGGACGAAGCCGAUUGGUCGAACGUCAGCGGGGAGAAUGCACGUGCGGAGUCGAGCCGUCACAUGACCGCACCGGCGGACGACGGAGGCUCGGAGGCCGACUCGGUUUUGGCUCCGCUUUCGGACUGCGAGCGAGCGGAGGAAGAAGAAGAAUCCCACCCCGACACGGACGACAGCGACGGCAGCCGAGAACGCCGCCAAAACCGCGACGGCAAACGUUUCAAAUGCGGCGUAUGCGGCAAGAGUUUCCCCAAGCGGAAAAACCUGAGCACGCACAUGUCCCUCCACAGCGGCGAAGCUUUCAGCUGCUCGUUUUGCAGCAAAGCCUUCAAGAAACGUUACAAUUUAGUCAUCCACUCCCGCGUACACACCGGCGAGAAACCGUACUCCUGCUCACUGUGCGGCCUCAAGUUUUCCCAGAAAGGAAGUCUGGUGAGACACACGACCACGCACACGGGCCAAAAGAUGUUCACCUGCUCCGUGUGCAACGUCAGCCUGUGCCAGCGCUCGGAUUUGAUCGUCCACUCGCGCAUUCACACCGGGGAGAAACCUUUUGGUUGCAUACUUUGCGGCGCCCGUUUCUCCCAAAAAGGAAGCUUGGCAAGACACGCCAGGACUCACACAGGAGAGAAACCCUUUUCAUGCUCCCUCUGCGCCACCAAUUACAGUCGCAGGUCCGCUCUAAUCAAUCACAUGAAAACGCACAACGGCGGUCGGGGAGAUUUCGAACCUCCAAGUUGACAAUCUGGUCAACAAAUGAACACGGCCUUUUGUUUUUUGGUUGAAGAUGAAACCAGAACCCACAAAAUGGUCACCACAAAAUUCAUUUGGGUUCAUGAAUGAACGAACGAUUCCAAAUGCAGUUGCUUGUGAAUCAUGUGCGCAUUUUUUCCAUUGUGCUCCCUUAUGUGCCCAAAGUGGAAUAAAUGGUUUGGCAAAUGUGA